AUGAACGGUUAUGGAAAGCCUCACGUUGUGGCGGUGCCUUUUCCAGCACUGGGUCACGCAAUUCCGUUACUGGACUUUGCGAGGCUCCUUGCCUCCCAUGGCCUCACAGUCAGUUAUGUCACCACGCCUGCAAAUGUCCCACGUCUGCAACAACAAAUAGCCAACGCUAUUUCCUCACGCCUUGACGUUCGCCUCGUAGUUCUUCCUACACCAGCCAUAGAAGGUUUAGCCGAGGGAUUAGAGAGCUUUGAUCAAGUUCACCCUGAACAAUUCGCUCUCGUUUUCCAGCUAGCUUUUAAACUAGAGCACGCCUUUAACCGUUGGCUUCUAACCCAAUUUGAAAAAGAAAACCAACAGGGAACUGGACCUCCUGUUUGCAUUUUGCACGACGUGCUCUUGAAAUGGAAAAUGGUGGUGCCCGAAGAGCGAAAUAUCCCGAGGGUGGUAUUCAGUACGUAUGGCGCAUUUGGACUGAGUGUGUUGCAUUCUGCAUGGCUUUCUGCAGCGCGAAAUGCAGUGGAAAAGGAAGGAGAGAGUAUUGUGCUGAGGUUGGGUUUGCCCAAUGCUCUGAGAUUACAUAAAAAUGAGAUCGACCCAUUUUUAUUCGAUCCUUUGAGGAUGGAGUAUAUGAAUGGAUUGCAGUCGGUAGUUCAAAGUCAUGGAAUGGUGUUAAAUACUUUGGAGCAACUGGAGUCAGAGCAUCUCCAACACUGGAGAAAUGUGAAAGGGAAAAAAGUAUGGUCCAUAGGGCCUGUAUUCCCACCAAAUGCUUUUGAUGGGUCAGUGAAGGUUAGUGCCCGAGGCAAAAUGGCGGACAUUAGCGAAGAGGAGCUGCUCAAAUGGUUGGAUUCUCAGAGCCCAAGUUCUGUUGUGUAUAUUUCGUUUGGAAGCCAGGCUUAUCUAUCUCAAGAUCAAUGCAAGGCCUUGGCUAGCGGUUUGGAAGCCAGCGGACAGCCCUUCGUUUGGUCAAUCAAAAUAUGCCCAAAGAUCGAACCCAUGACGUCCGAAAGGGCACUCGAUGUGGGUCAAGCAUAUCUUCCCGAGGGUUUUCAAGAGCGAACAAAAAACAGAGGUUUGGUCACAUGGGGCUGGUUGCCGCAGCUUCUUCUUCUUUCUCACCCUUCUGUAGGGGCUUUCAUGAGCCACUGUGGGUGGAAUUCCAUGCUUGAAAGCGUGACUUUGGGCGUCCCUAUGAUUAUGUGGCCCAUGAAUGCAGAUCAGCAUUUCAAUUCGAAACUAGCAGUCAAAUUGGGGAUUGGAGUCCAAGUGUGCGAGCACUCCACUGGGAUUCCGGAUAAGGAAAGAGUGAAGAAUGUUGUGAGACUCGUCUUGACUGAAAAUGAUGGGAAAGAGAUGAGAAGUAGUGCGGCAAAAUUGAAGGAGAUGGCACGAAAGAGUGUGGCAUGUGGAGGAUCUUCUUUUGCAAACUUGCAAGAUUUUUUGAGCGAGAUUCAUAGGCUGCAUAUUGCAAGAAUGGCUGUUGUAUGUGCAGGAUCCUCGAAAGUUCAGAUUCAAGAUGGUUUUCAUAGUGAGUUUCUUAAGCUCGGCAUAUCCGAAGCUACGUAA